CCAGGAGACGACGUAGGCCUUUCCAAGAGUCUCAGAGUGAAGCCAGAGAGUCCUUGGCCCCGACCGACCGACCGACCCUUCCAAAGUGAGGCUCCUGCCUCCAGACCUAGCCCCUCCCCACCCCCACCCCACCCCCAAUCGCCGAGGACCAGAUUUCCCUCAAGUUGUCAGAGAAAGGAGAGCAAGGACGGCCUCAUGGGUGACGUGGGAGAGGUCACCCGCACAGAGGUGACCGCCUCAGUACCCCCUCAAGCCGCGCAGAAACUCCUGGUUUCCUUGGGAGGUGGAGAUCUUCCCCGGGCCCCAGUGGCUGGCAACCUCGGCGGAGACGUGAUCCCCAAGACCACCGCGGCAGCAGGCGCCAAGGGAAAGGUGCCCAAAAAGGUCAUCGCCAAGAGGGUGCGAGGCUCCGUCAAGUGGUUUAACGUGAAGAACGGGUACGGUUUCAUCAGCAGGCAUGAUACCCAGGAAGAUGUGUUCGUUCACCAGACGGCCAUCACCCGGAACAACCCUCACAAGUACCAACGCAGCGUGGGCGACGGCGAGACGGUCGAGUUUGAUGUGGUGCAGGGCGAGCGGGGCACCCAGGCCGCUAACGUGACCGGGCCAGCGGGUACCCCAGUGCAAGGCAGUCGCUACGCUGCCAACCGCCCCCGCUUCCGCAGGGGCUUCUACAUCUGCCGCCGCGGGCCACCCCUGCACGGUCCCAGGGGCACUGAGGACGACGUCGACGAAGGUGAGGCCAGUGGCGAAGGCUUCACGAAGGCCCAGGGCCAGAGGCGCCGCCUGCCCGGCGGACCCCAAGACCAAAGGCUGCAGCGCUUUCCGCCCUUCCGCAGGGCCUCAGCCCUGUCUCGCGGCCCUUCGAUCCUCGCUCCCACCAGCGGCCCGUGGCCUGCCCACCUGCCCGCGUCCACCCCAGCCUCAAGGCCCGAGUGCGCCCCUCGGCGGGGGCCCGGCCCCAGCUACCUCCUGAGUCGCCCUAGGGCUCGAGGCAUCAUUCCUGGUCCAAGACCCUCAGCAGGCAUUUCUGAGGAGCUGGAGGCGGAAGACAAGGAAAGCGGGUGCGACGCAGGAGGGCCGAAGCAGAAGCACCCACCAUGCUAUGGAUCCCGCCGCCCCAACAACCCACGCCACCGCCCGCAGCAGGUGCCCGGUGCCCAGGGCCAGGUCAACAUGGGAGGAGAAGGCAAGACCGGGAAGGGCCCUGCGGAAACACCCGCUUCGGUUGCUGUGGCCAAGAAGAACAGCGCCGCUGAGGAGGAGGACACCUUGGUCGCUGAUGUCCCCUCUGCCACCCAGGCCAAGUAACAACAGCCUGGCUCCUUCCCUGGGGACUCCCUGGCCUGGGCCGCAGGGGAUGCCCCCUUGAGGAGAUGAUGCCCUUUAAAGCAACACAGCCCAAACAUCCACCUUGACUGUUAGAUUUGUGCCCUGAGAAAAAUACAUGCCUCUUCCCCAAGGUUUGAGGAUAAACUACAAGAUCUAUAUAUUUCUGAAUUCCCUCUUACCAUCUGUGUUGGUAAUUUCUGCACACACACACACACACACACACACACACACACACACCACGUCAUACUCAUGCACACACCUCUGAAUUUAUUCUUUUAAAAGAUCUGACCAGGACCAUAGCUAUUAUUCUGUGUCACCAGGGGAAUUAGUUGAUGGACUAACAAAAAUUACUUUUAUUUUUAAUAGAAAAACAAAGAUGAUCCGAUAUUGAAUAUUAUCUUACAUCGCUGUGUGAUAUUGCCUGAAUGGUCAUUUUUUCAAUAAAUCAUUUCAUGUUGCUUUUA